AUGAGCUGCUUUCUGGAACUGCUGCAGUCCAUGUUCUUAUGUAGACCCACAAUGCUGUUUGGGACGGAAUUCCAGGAUUUUGUCUCAAUGUCACUGAAAGAUUGGUGAUAUAUUCCAUGGAAAUGGCUUGCGUUAAGGUCGAGUGUGUCGUGAGGGAUAAGUACAGAAUUGGAGAGGCCCCAGUUUGGGAAGAAAAACACAGUUCUCUUCUUUAUGUGGAUAUCACAGGUCAGAAGGUGUGCAGAUGGAAUGCAGUCACAAAACAAGUGAAGGAAGUACAUGUUGAUGCCCCUGUUGGAUCUGCAGUCCCUCGAAGGUCAGGGGGUUAUGUUCUGGCCAUUGGAAAAAGCUUUGCCUUCCUAGACUGGGAAAAGCAAACAGUUACUGAAAUAGCUUCAGUUGACCCAGAUAAAGUAAAUAACCGAUUUAAUGAUGGCAAAGUGGACCCUGCUGGACGUUUCUUUGCAGGGACCAUGGCAAUGGAGACUCGGCCAGCUGAGGUAGAAAGGCACCAGGGAUCAAUGUACUCUCUGCAAGCAGAUCACUCUGUGGUUAAGCAUUUUGAUCAAGUGGACAUUUCAAAUGGUCUGGAUUGGUCCCCAGAUCACAAGGUUUUCUACUAUAUUGACAGUUUAUCAUUCACUAUUGAUGCGUUUGACUAUGACCUGCAGUCAGGAAAGAUCUCAAAUCGAAGACUUGUGUACAGGCUUGAAAAGGAGGAGGCUAUUCCUGAUGGGCAGUGCAUUGAUGCAGAGGGAAAGCUUUGGGUUGCCUGCUACAAUGGUGGAAGAAUCCUUCGGAUUGAUCCUGAAACUGGUAAACGAAUCCAGACAGUGAAGCUGCCUGUUGACAAGACUACAUCGUGUUGCUUUGGGGGAAAAGAUUACUCUGAACUUUAUGUAACCUCGGCUGCAGAUGCAAUGGACGAAGAGUGGAUUAGAAGACAGCCAGAAGCAGGUAGCAUUUUUAAGAUUACUGGGCUUCGAGUGAAAGGAAUUCCACCAUAUUCAUAUGCUGGAUAAAACACACCCCAAUGACCUAAAGCCUGUAAUCCUUGCAAUUAUGAUGAUCAUCCACCUUGGUAUCUUCAAAAGCAAGCUUUACAAAUUUGCAAAAUAGUAUUCUGUAGAUGCGCUGAUGAUUUUCAAAUUUCUUUUGCUCCAUAUGAUGCUUUUAUUGAAACUUUUUCCACAUUCUAGCCAUGGUUUAUAAUUUACUGAGAAUAUACUGAAAACAUUAAGGAUGGUCACCUUGAUAUAUUAGUAAUAAAUCUUCUAUUAAACUUUUUAAAUGAUUC